AUGUCCACAGCCCAGGCCCCCAUGUCCACAGCCCAGGCCCCCCAUGUCCACAGCCAGGGCCCCCAUGUCCACAGCCCGGGCCCCCAUGUCCACAGCCCAGGGCCCCCAUGUCCACAGCCCAGGCCCCCAUGUCCACAGCCCAGGGCCCCCAUGUCCACAGCCCGGGCCCCCAUGUCCACAGCCCGGGCCCCCAUGUCCACAGCCCAGGCCCCCAUGUCCACAGCCCAGGCCCCCAUGUCCACAGCCCAGGGCCCCCAUGUCCACAGCCCCCAUGUCCACAGCCCAGGGCCCCCAUGUCCACAGCCCAGGGCCCCCAUGUCCACAGCCCCCCAUGUCCAUAGCCCAGGCCCCCAUGUCCACAGCCCAGGGCCCCCAUGUCCACAGCCCGGGCCCCCAUGUCCACAGCCCAGGGCCCCCAUGUCCACAGCCCAGGCCCCCAUGUCCACAGCCCAGGGCCCCCAUGUCCACAGCCCGGGCCCCCAUGUCCACAGCCCGGGCCCCCAUGUCCACAGCCCAGGCCCCCAUGUCCACAGCCCAGGCCCCCAUGUCCACAGCCCAGGGCCCCCAUGUCCACAGCCCCCCAUGUCCACAGCCCAGGGCCCCCAUGUCCACAGCCCAGGGCCCCCAUGUCCACAGCCCCCCAUGUCCAUAGCCCAGGCCCCCAUGUCCACAGCCCAGGGCCCCCAUGUCCACAGCCCGGGCCCCCAUGUCCACAGCCCAGGGCCCCCAUGUCCACAGCCCAGGGCCCCCAUGUCCACAGCCCGGGCCCCCAUGUCCACAGCCAGGGCCCCCAUGUCCAUAGCCCAGGCCCCCAUGUCCACAGCCCAGGCCCCCCAUGUCCACAGCCAGGGCCCCCAUGUCCACAACCCAGGCCCCCAUGUCCACAGCCCGGGCCCCCAUGUCCACAGCCAGGGCCCCCAUGUCCAUAGCCCAGGCCCCCAUGUCCACAGCCCAGGCCCCCCAUGUCCACAGCCAGGGCCCCCAUGUCCACAACCCAGGCCCCCAUGUCCACAGCCCAGGCCCCCCAUGUCCACAGCCCGGGCCCCCAUGUCCACAGCCCAGGGCCCCCAUGUCCACAGCCCGGGCCCCCAUGUCCACAGCCCAGGCAACCCAUGUCCACAGCCCGGACCCCAUUGUCCACAGCCCAGGCCCCCAUCUCCACAGCCCCCCAUGUCUACAGCCCAGGCCCCCAUGUCCACAGCCCGGGCCCCCAUGUCCACAGCCCGGGCCCCCAUGUCCACAGCCCAGGCCCCCAUGUCCACAGCCCGGGCCCCCAUGUCUAUAGCCCGGGCCCCCAUGUCCACAGCCCAGGCCCCCAUGUCCACAGCCCAGGCCCCCAUGUCCACAGCCCGGGCCCCCAUGUCCACAGCCCAGGCCCCCAUGUCCACAGCCCCCCAUGUCCACAGCCCAGGCCCCCAUGUCCACAGCCCAGGGCCCCCAUGUCCACUGUCCAGGCUCCCAUGUCCACAGCCCAGGGCCCCAUAUCCACAGCCCCCCAUGUCCACAGCCAGGGCCCCCAUGUCCACAGCCGGGCCCCCAUGUCCACAGCCCCCCAUGUCCACAGCCCGGGCCCCCAUGUCCACAGCCCGGGCCCCCAUGUCUACAGCCUGCAUGAGGUGGUCAAGUUUGGACACAUGCAAACCCCCACAACACUUCCAGCUGACCCUCACAGAUAGAUGA